UGGUAGCAUCAUGGCACGGCCUGGUCCAGGGGCGCUAUUCUUUGCCAACGGAUUGGGCUUCCCCCCCAGCAACGUGGCCCGAGUCGUGGUGUGGUAAUGGCUGAACGAGCACAGCCGGUGGCGACCUUACACGGCAGCCGUCUGCCACCACAUCGAGAACAUCUUAAAAGAAGAUGCUCGGGGCAGCGUGGUCCUCGGGCAAGUCGAUGCCCAGCUGUCGCCCUACAUUAUCGAUUUGCAGUCCAUGCAUCAAUUCCGGCAGGAUACGGGGACCAUGCGCCCGGUGCGGAGAAAUUUUUACGACCCCUCUUCCGCUCCCGGCAAAGGGGUGGUGUGGGAGUGGGAGAACGACAACAACUCCUGGACGCCUUACGACAUGGACAUCUGCAUCACCAUCCAGAACGCCUACGAGAAGCAGCAUCCGUGGUUGGACCUCUCCUCCUUGGGCUUCUGCUACUUGAUCUACUUCAACAGCAUGUCGCAAGUCAACCGCCAGACGCAGAGGAAGCGGCGUCUCCGGAGGCGCAUGGACUUAGCCUACCCGCUCAUCAUGGGAUCCAUCCCGAAGUCCCAAUCCUGGCCGGUGGGCACCAACUCUGGCCACCCUUGUUCGUGCCAGCAGUGCCUGCUGGUCAACAGCACCCGGGCCGCCUCCAAUGCCAUCUUGGCUUCCCAACGCCGGAAGGUCUACGCGGGGAACAGCAACGGGACCUUGGCCGUCCGCCAGAGCAAUACUUUCAACGGGACGGCCUUGUGGUCCUUGGGCACCAUACAAGGGGGAGGGAUGUCCAAGAUGGAGCAGUCCCGUUCUGCCAACGGGAUGCAAGCGACCGCCGCCUUCUCCCGAAGCCAAAGCGCGCCCAACAAUACUCAAGUGCCGGGUCAAAAUAACCUGAACCGGCCUGGGACACAGCGGGCGGCCAUCUUAAACAGCAGAGCCUCCAUCCCACCUGGGGUUCCUGCUCUCCCAGUGAAGAAUCUGAAUGGAACUGGUCCAGUCCACCCUGCCUUGGCAGGAAUGACCGGCAUCUUGAUGUGUGCAGCGGGUUUGCCCGUCUGCCUGACGCGAGCUCCAAAGCCCAUCUUGCACCCCCCGCCUGUCAACAAGAGCGACAUGAAGGCAGUGCCGGGCAUUACCGGCAUUUGCCGUAAAACCAAGAAGAAACAUUUGAAGAAGAGCAGAAAUCCUGAGGAUGUGGUGCGACGUUACAUCCAGAAAGUGAAGAACUCCCCCGAUGAGGACUGUACCAUCUGCAUGGAGAGAUUGGUGUCCUCCUCAGGCUACGAGGGCAUCCUUAGACACAAGGGUGCCAAGCCGGAACUGGUAGGAAAACUGGGGAAAUGCGGGCACAUGUACCACCUCCUCUGUCUCGUUGCCAUGUAUAACAACGGCAAUAAGGAUGGCAGUCUCCAGUGCCCCACUUGCAAGGCCAUCUAUGGGGAGAAGACAGGGACUCAGCCCCCUGGAAAGAUGGAAUUCCACAUUAUCCCCCACUCUCUUCCCGGCUAUCCGGAUUGCAAAACUAUCCGCAUUGUGUACAACAUUCCUGCGGGGAUCCAGGGCAUAGAACAUCCAAAUCCUGGGAAAAAGUUCACCGCACGAGGAUUCCCACGUCACUGUUACCUUCCGGACAAUGAGAAAGGCAGAAAGAUUUUGAAACUCCUCAUUGUGGCUUGGGAACGCCGGCUCAUCUUCACCAUCGGGACCUCGAACACGACGGGUGAAUCGGACACUGUGGUUUGGAACGAGAUCCACCACAAAACCGAAUUUGGUUCCAACCUGACUGGCCACGGCUACCCUGACUCAAACUAUCUGGACAAUGUCCUGGCUGAACUGACCGCCCAGGGAGUCUUGGAAGCCAACCUGAAGGACUGAGAAGAUGGUGUUUUGGGGGGGCCUCCCUCCACCCAACGUUUCUCCUGCCUCCAUUGCGUUCUGCGCAGCUGCCUCUCCUCCAUCAUGUCUGUCCGUGUCUUGUGUUCGCCGAUUGGUGAGGCAGCCAUGUUUGGGAUGGUUCCUUCCACCUUCCCCCGAGUCGCUUGGACUAGCUUGACUACAAAAACCAUGGAGGUUACAGGGUGUUUUCCUCCACCCCUGGCAGGAUUCACACCAUGAUUCCAGGGCUCCCUCCCCGGAGAAACAAUCUGAAGCUUUGUGAGUGAGCAACCCAUGCAAGCUUUCUGCUCUUCUCUUCCUUUUUCUACAUACGUGUAUAAUUCUUGGCCGUUUCCCACGGGUCCAAAGUUCAGUACAACGGAACCCUCCAUCUCCAACUACUCAAAUCUCUCAGCCAGGUUGUUCCUGCCUCCUUUUGUCUCUGUUCCUCGCUUGUUCUUUGGUUGCCUUUGUGGCUCUGCCCAGAGAAGCAGGAAAGAAGAUUCAAGUUGAUCCCCUAACGCAGGCAGAUAUUGUGGCUUCCCAGCGGGAAGUAGAACGGUGUCAACCGGCUUUGUCAUCUGCCUUGCGUGCAAAUUGAAAGAGCCCCCAUCUCUUUGGCUCUGUCUCCCCUCCCAGCCUCAGAGGCAUCCUCUUCCCUGACCAAAUGCAAAGUUUGCCCUCUAGUUCAGGGGUCCCCAAACCCGCCGGUCCGUGGACCGACACCGGUCCGCGGCAUGACAGAAACCGGACCGUGCAAAGAAGCGAAGUCCCGUCCGCGGAAACGUAGGCAGCAUGCAAAACUAUACUGGUCCGUGGAAAAACCCUCUCUCCAUGGAACAGGUCCCUGGUAUCCCAAAGAUUGUGGAGGGGGCCGCGAUGUUUUUCUUAAAAAUAUAUUGCAAGAUUGGGGGGGGAGGUUUUUCUAAGUGGAGCUACAGCUGGUGAAGAUUGGAAAUCCUGCCAGAUCUUCUCCUUCCCUUGAUCGACCACACAGAUUCCCUUUUUGUUAGUUGUUUCUUUAGCAAACCCAGAACAUAUAUUGCCAGGUAAACUGGAUACUUGAUCCUUUAUACUCUACCGACAAUUCUUGCACAGACCGGCCUUUCUGACUGUCGGUCUUACAUCACCUUCUUGCCAUCUCCCUAAACAACAAAAUACACAGUUUUGGACCUGUGCUUCUGGACCACUUGGGUGGUGAUGGAAGAGGGGUGGAUUCCUUUCUCCCUGCAACAUCAUCAAAUGUCUACAUCCCUUUCCCUAUUCUACUUUUUUUGGGUCCGUCGUUGACAGUGGAGCAGUGAUAGAAUAUGACCUGUAUGCCCCAGUAUGGGCGUACUGGUGCCUGUUGGGAGCACCAGGUACCGUUUCGGUAUGGUGCUCCGGAGAGCCCACCUGUCCGCCAAUGCUCCUUACCUCUAUUUGAGCAACCGUGGCAAUUGUGCACACGCACAGAACGUAUUGUGCCGGUGCAAUGCUCCCCCGAGCAGCUGGAACAUCGCGGGUGGUGGGUAUGCAUGCGCACGCUGCAGGCAUGGACGUGGGGGACACCCGACCCCGUUGCAGCUUAACAGUUGCAACAGGAGCUGGAACCCACCACUGCAAUGGAGAUAUCCCAUAUCCUGAAGUCUAGGAGAGCAAUUGUCCUCCUACGUGGCCCAGGGAUGGGAUUCAACCAGGCAAACUAAUAAUGCUAAUUUUAUAUCUGGUUUGCCAAACUGGUAGUUUCAAGGACUGGCUGGCCAUGCCCACCCCACCCCGCCCCUCCCAGGAGUCUCCCCGCGGCCCGUUUUGGAUGCUAGGUGUGCAGAGUCUGCGCAGAGGCCCUGGGAGGGCAAACAAUGAGCCUUCCCGAAGUCCCCUGGAGCCCAGGGGAGGCUGUUUUCACCCUCCUGGAGGCUCGGGGAAAGCCUCCAGAGCCUUGGGAGGGCAGAAAAAUGGGCAUACCGGAAGUACCAGAAGUCCAAAAACAGGCCCGUUUUCACCCUCCCGGAGCCUUGAGAAAAACCUCUGGAGCCUGGGGAGGGAGAAACCCCUCCCCACGACAGUGCAGGAGGUUGAGUAGGCCAUGCCCACCAUGGCCAACUCCCACCCAGCAACCAGGCAGAGAAUCGGUUGCUAAAUUUUUGAAUCCCACCCCCGACGUGGCCUUUAGGGUCUUGAAAGCAAAGUACCAAUCCAUUGGGAGAUCUCGGCAGGGGUGAAACUCGGGGGGGCAAUUGCUCCCAUUGCUUCUGCCACUCCUGCUCCCAGGCUUCAACCAAUAGGAUGCCACCUCCUGUCUCCCCUUGCUUGACGUUCCGUGUGACAAUUUGAGGAUCUCCUAGGUUGAAAGAUGGGGAGGGGGGAAAGCGAAUGUCUGUUUCCGGUUUCUUGCAAAACCGUUCGACUGCCUGGAUCAGUUUCCGGAGAUGAAAUGGAGAGAGGUCCCUUCUGGGGCCCCGCUGGUGAACUUUCUAUCCUCCACAAUCUUAUGUAGCAUGUUCAAUUAUCCAGAUGUGAGGGCAAGGCUGGGACAAGUUGCCAAAUUGGACAGAAAUGACUUUUACGGAAGAAAAAUGUAACUUCUACACACAGCUUUGGUCCAUAUCAAGCAGAUGCAAUAACGACAACGACAACCACAAUAAAA